AUGUCAGAAAAGAAAGAUCACGCUUCCUCGUCUCAGAUGCAGAAGCGUGGGGGUUCCAACUCGUUCAGCCGGCUUGAGAACAGCAGUCCUUUCUCUCGAAUAGAUUCGACAGCUGAGGCCGUGGGUGAAGCCAUGCAGGUGGUGGCGGAGGAUCCGUUGUCCUCACCUGGACACGGACUGGUGGAAGAGCCAGAAGAUGUCUUUGAAAAGAAAGCUCCUGAGGGGUCUCAGGGGGAGGGCGAGAGUGCAGAACCAGCUGCCGGACAGCCGCCUGCUGAGCUUCCCGAGCAAUUCGCAGAGCUCCCGAUAGAGCUGGUUAGCCUGACAGAUAGUACACCUCCAUCGAUAGAUACGCUCUCGGGUUUAUUCCAGGACUUCUACGUCCGAGCUGGAUCUCAUAUCUCAACACAUGUUUCUACCCUAGCGUCCCGACUGCACCGUAACAGCUCUGCAUCCUCUCUUCAAUCACAGGCGUCAAGAUCUUCGAGACGUCCUACGAGUUCCCAUGGCACGCAAAAGGAUACGCCCGAGCAGCAAAUGCUCACAGCUGAAGAAGUGGCAGAGAAGCGUAAGGCGCGGAAGUUACUCCAGUUUAAACAGCAUGCCCUUGAAGAGGCUGUUGAGCGGAGAGCAUGCGAAACUAUCUAUGAUAAGAUCUGGCGGCACCGGAGCACGAUAGACGAUGUUCGAGACGAAAAGCUACGCUCGAAGACGGCUGCCUUGUUGGUAAUGGGCAUCGAACUGAAGGACCUUGGAGUAGACAUAUCCAAACAAGGUGCCGAAGAAACGGUUGAUCCAAAGGAGUGUGUUGCGGCGGCACGUCAAUGUUUGAUACGGAUGAACGACGAGAGAUACCCUCUUGGAAAACUCCAACAGCUCGUAGCCGCUCACAAGGCAAUCGUAGAUGCGUUGACAAACAUCCUCCCAUCCUCAUCAUCUGCAGAUGAGAUUCUGCCUACCCUGAUCUAUACCCUUAUCCUCUCGCCGCCGGAAGGGGUUAAUAUCAUCAGCAACCUCAACUUCAUCCAACGAUUCAGGUCAUCAAGUAAGAUCGACGGUGAAACCGCAUACUGUCUCACCAACCUGGAGGCUGCCAUCGACUUCCUUGAGAACGUCGAUCUGACCAACCUUCGUAUGGAAGAAGGCAGGGCACCUAUUGACCAGCCUGACCUUAACCUGCUGCACCCUGCACCCAUGGAUUCCAACUCAGAUGAGGCCCUUGAGAAGAGCCCGUCCACAGUUUCAAACACCACUAGCACUGCGCCGUCCGCACGGCCUACCCUACCCACAAACCCUUCUGCUCAGCAACGACUAUCCGAUCUCUUCCAGCCUCCAGCCAAGGCUCUUGGAGCAGCAAAUGAUAUCGUGCGAAGUACCGCCGACCAGGGGCUAAAGAGCAUAAGCAGCACCCUUGAUAACAGCUUUGCAUUCCUUUUCGGGAGACUGAAGGAAGUCCAGAUAUCCCAAGGUGAUAAUGCACGACCUGGCACGCCCAUUGUGCCCAAGACACUAGACGAUGCACGGAAACUAGUACAAGUGAAGGCUGGAACUGUUCCGUCUGACGAGACCGUCAGUGAAGAUGGGUCGAAUAUAGGUGAUCGUACACCUACUCCGACGCCAUCCAUUUCUUCCAGACAGCCACUUGAUGAUCGACUGGCUGAGCUGGUCGGUGGGCGAAGACGACCAGGCACCACCAAACGGGAUUCAAGCACCAAUAGAUCUGAUACGACUGCAUCAGAUGACACUGCUGCAUCAUCUAUCUCGUCUAGUACCGGUAGCACAAACCAAGGGUUUGGCUCAGUCCGGGGAUUCGGAACCUCGCUGAACCCCCUCAGCCAUUUCCCCAGUAUGAUACGUGGUUUGGCUCGGGCCCCUGAUCCUGCUGCAGCGACAUCUAGCACCAGAGCCAAGUCGCCAGGUCCUUCGUCCGUGGCUAGAGGGGCUCCUGGAAUCCAGAAAUUCCUGGAUAUGGGAAAUGCUUCGGAGUUAAAGGUAGGAGACAUUCCUGAACUGCUGGAAGAUUACAAACGACUCGCUGCGAUGGUGAGAGCACAGCAGAAUAAUUAA